GGGGAUUAAUACAAAUAAGCCGAACAAUACAAACCAACGGAAAGUAAAAUUCAGCAGAAGCAGCUGUUAACGUAAUGAUAUUUUAGGCACUCGUCGCCAACAUCUGAAGAACGUUAGCCUGCGCAGCGAGUCGUACGGCGCGCACUAGCUGACGCUCGGCGGAUGAAUAUGAACGCAGGCGGGACUAUGUUCGAGCGAGGCUGAAUGGAGGCAGCCUCUUCCUGGUGGAUAAACAGUGACAGCUACAGGGCAGCCACCUAGACCCAGCACACCAGCUCUGGCGCUGCCCUGGCAAACAACACCCAAAAUGGCUUCAGACAGUACACACAUCGCGCAGUUGACUUCUGAACUGUACUUCCUAAUAGCCCGGUUUCUAGAGGCUGGACCGUGCCAGAAAGCCGCCGAGACCCUGAUAAGGGAGGUGGAGGAGAAGGAGCUGCUACCCAGAAGGCUGGACUGGACAGGGCAGGAGCACCCCGGGACGUACACAAAUUUGGUGAAGCUGUACAGACACGUCGCUCCAGACCACCUGCUGCAGGUUUGCUCCAGAGUUUGUCCGCUGCUGGAGAGGGAGGUCCCCGCCAGCGUGCCGGGACUCACCAGCCUGCUGGGGGCCGGCAGGCAGAACCUCCUGCGCACCAGCAACAGCUGCAAACAUGUUGUGUGGAAAGGUUCGGCGUUGGCAGCACUACACUGUGGAAGACCCCCGGAGCCACCAAUUAUUUAUGGGAGUCCACCCAAUAUUGUGGAGACGAGCUACAGCCGCCGACUGAACGGCUCCUACCGCCUCCGUCAGCUGGUGCCCACAGCCGUCUACCAACACAUGAAGAUGCACAAGAGGAUCCUGGGACACCUGUCGUCGGUGUACUGCGUAACCUUCGACCGGACGGGCCGCCGCAUCUUCACAGGCUCAGACGACUGCCUGGUGAAGAUCUGGGGAACCGACGAUGGGCGUCUGCUGGCGACCCUGCGCGGUCACGCUGCUGAGAUCUCCGACAUGGCCGUGAGCUACGAGAACACCAUGAUCGCUGCCGGGUCCUGCGACAAGACCAUCAGAGUGUGGUGCUUACAAACCUGCGCACCUUUGGCCGUCCUGGAGGGGCACGCGGCCUCCAUCACCUCCCUACAGUUUUCGCCCCUCUGUAGCGGCUCAAAGCGCUACCUGUCCUCCACCGGAGCUGACGGAACCAUCUGCUUCUGGCAGUGGGACGCUCGCACGCUCAAAUUUGGCCAGAGACCCAGUAAAUUCACGGAGCGCUCCAGACCUGGCGUCCAGAUGAUCUGCUCCUCCUUCAGCGCAGGUGGGAUGUUCCUCGCAACAGGAAGCACCGAUCACAUCAUUAGGGUGUACUACUUUGGGUCGGGUCAACCAGAGAAGAUCUCUGAGCUGGAGUCCCACACAGAUAAAGUUGACAGCAUCCAGUUCUCCCACUGCAGUGACAGGUUUGUGAGUGGCAGUAGGGAUGGUACGGCUCGGAUCUGGCAGCUGCAGCCUCAGGGCUGGAAGAGCAUUCUGCUGGAUAUGCAGACCAAACUGCCUGGGAAAUACAACCCUCCUCCACUGGAAGACAAGGUCACUAAGCUUAAGGUUACCAUGGUGGCAUGGGAUCGCCAUGACAGCACUGUGAUCACCGCCGCCAAUAAUCUGACGCUGAAGGUGUGGAACUCCACCACCGGGAAUCUGGUCCAUGUCCUGAUGGGUCAUGAAGAUGAAGUGUUUGUCCUCGAGCCUCAUCCGUUUGAUCCGAGGAUCCUUUUCUCGGCCGGGCACGACGGAAACUGCAUCGUUUGGGAUCUGGCGAGAGGAGUCAAGAUCCGCUCUUAUUUCAACAUGAUUGAAGGCCAGGGACACGGAGCAUUGUUUGACUGUAAAUGUAGUCCUGAUGGGCAGCACUUCGCCGCCACCGACUCCCACGGUCACCUGCUCAUCUUCGGCUUUGGCUCCAGCGGCAAAUAUGACAAGAUUGCCGACCAGAUGUUUUUCCACACCGAUUACCGGCCUCUGAUCCGGGACGCCAACAACUACGUCCUGGACGAGCAGACCCAGCAGGCGCCGCACCUGAUGCCCCCGCCCUUCCUGGUGGACGUGGACGGGAACCCCCACCCGCCCAGGUACCAGCGGCUGGUGCCGGGCCGGGAGGGCUGCCGGGAUGAGCAGCUCAUCCCUCAGAUGGGGGUCACUUCCUCCGGCCUGAACCAAGUGGUGAGCGAGCAGGCGGUGGACGGGCCCAGUCCGCUGGACACCAUGAUCCAGAGGCUGCAGCAAGAGCAGGACCAAAGGAUGGGAGCCAACGACGCCUCUGCCGCCGGAGGGUCUGGAGCGAACACCAGGGCCAGCAGAGGUUCUGUCGGUUCUCCCACUGAGGUCCACUCCCCUCCCAACGUCGGUCUCCGGCGCAGCGGCCAGAUCGAGGGCGUCCGCCAGAUGCACAGCAACGCCCCCCGCAGCCAGAUGGCCACGGAGGGCGACCUGGUGGCCUGGAGCCGCCGGGUGCUGGUCCCUGAGCUGGAGGACGCCUCCGUCAGGAAACAAGUGACGUGGCGCGAGGCUAAAGGCGACGAGGAGAUCAAUAUUUAUCAGUCGGAAAGGAGGAGACGCACGAUCCACUCGCUCCCCAAGGAGAGCAGGGUUCACCCGACGUCAGAGUGCGCGGUAGACGAGGGGAGGAAGAGUCAGGGUAACCACGGCUACCACACUCGUGCCGCCAUGGAGGAGACGAGUCGGCAGAGCGCAGAGGCUGCUGACGACGACGACAGCACCUCAGAGGCAGAGGUGGAGGUUCGGCAAAUUAACGGAUAUUCCUCGGAGGAUGAAAAGAACGAAGAAGAGAAGGAGCCGUGGCCAGACGAGCACAGCAGCUCCAGCGAUUACUCCAGCGAUUACUCUGACUGGACGGCAGACGCCGGCAUCAACCUGGAGCCGCCCAAGAAGAGCGUGAAAGUGAAGAAGAAAAACAGCGGCUCCGAGGAGGACAGCGACAAGAAAAGGGAGGGGAAGAAGGAGAAGAAGAAAGAGAAAGCAGACAAAGAUGGCGCAUUACCAAAGAAGAAGAAACCAAAGGAGAAGAGGAAGAGGAAUGAAUUUCAGGAGCAAGGGCUGACCUUGGAGGAAUGGCUUCCCUCCGCCUGGAUCACAGACACGGUUCCCCGCAGAUGUCCUUACAUUCCUCAGAUGGGAGACGAGGUGUACUACUUCCAGCAGGGUCAUGAAGCUUACGUCGAAAUGGCCAAACAAAAAAAGAUUUUCAGCAUCCACCCUAAGAAACAGCCCUGGCACAAGAUGGAGCUGCGGGAGCAGGAAUUGAUGAAGAUAGUUGGCAUCAAAUAUGAGGUGGGUCUGCCCACACUCUGCUGCCUGAAGCUGGCCUUUCUGGACCCUGACACAGGGAAGCUGACAGGAGGCUCCUUCUCCAUGAAGUACCAUGACAUGCCUGACGUCAUUGACUUCCUGGUGUUGCGGCAACAGUUCGACAACGCUAGGAGGAGGCAGUGGACUAUAGGCGACAGGUUUCGGUCAGUGAUCGACGACGCCUGGUGGUUCGGGACCAUUGAGAGUCAGGAGCCCUACCAGCUCCAGUAUCCCGACAGUUUGUUCCAGUGCUACAACGUCUGCUGGGAUAACGGUGACACAGAGAAGAUGAGCCCAUGGGACAUGGAACCCAUCCCUGACGACGCCACGUUUCCCGAUGAGCUGGGCACGAGCGUCCCUCUGACAGAAGACGAGCAGAAAGAUCUGCUGUACGUCCCGCAGGAUGGUGAAUGGGGCUGCCGCACGCGGGCCGAGGAGUGCGAACGCAUCAUCAAAGCCAUCGACCAACUCUGCAUGCUCGACGUGGCGGCACCGUUUGCCUUCCCGGUAGAUCUACAGGCAUACCCGUCCUACUGCACGGUCGUGGCCUACGUCACCGAUCUCAGCACCAUACGAGAAAGGCUGGUGAAUCGCUUCUACAGGCGCCUUUCCUCUUUAAUGUGGGAGGUUCGUUAUAUAGAACACAACGCCCAGACGUUCAACGAGCCGGGAUCGUUCAUCGUCACGACCGCCAAGUUCGUCUCUGACCUCAUGCUGGCGUUUAUUAAGGACCAAAGUCUCACAGAUCUCAAGCCUCUGUACAAAACCAUGAAGAAGGCCACCUUCUCUGACUCUGAAGAUGAGGAUGAGGAGGAGGAUGAUGAGGAUAAUAAUGCUCCAGGAACAUCAACCCGAAAUCAUAAGGGCCGUCAGCCCAUGCAGCGCCAGCUACGGAACCGUCCUCGUUCUUACGAUCCUCAUGCUUGGAAAGGACGCUGCAAGGAGCUGCUGGACCUUAUCUUUCAGUGUGAAGACUCUGAGCCCUUUAGAGAACCCGUGGACCUACAGGAGUACCCGGACUACCUGCAAAUAGUCGACUCUCCGAUGGACUUUGGCACAGUUCUAAAAAAGCUGACUGAAGGAAGUUAUCCAUCUCCCAUUGAGCUUUCCAAGGAUGUCAGACUCAUUUUCAGCAAUUCCAAAGCGUACACACCCAGUAAAAAGUCCCGGAUAUACAGCAUGAGUCUUCGGCUUUCUGCGCUGUUUGAGGAGCAUAUCAGCCCCAUCCUUUGUGAUUACAAAGCAAUCCACGGCAUGACAGAUAAAUUGACCAGACGAGGGACAGACAGACAGACGCGACACGCCGCAGACAGACAGACACGGCACACAACAAAGAGAAGGAGGAGCGAAUCACCCACAAGCAGCAAUGCAUCCAGCCCAGAGAGGAAAAGACGCGUAUCAUCCAGGGUGACCGCCAAGAAGGAGCCGUCACCAGCUCCGUCCCGUCCGCCUUCCCUCAGACAGCAUGUCCCUCUAAAACAGACUCCACAGCUGGUCAACGGUAAAGCGGAUACCCCAGCUCCGGGACGGACGCGUAGUUCCGCACGCCACUUUGCACACUCAUCACCUCCUUCAUCGAGUAAUAUCACUAACAGCACACCGAGCACAGGAGAAUCUUCUCGCUCACUGCGGGCUCAUAAUUCUGUCCGAGCUUCAACGCCACCAGUUCCUGAAAAGGUCACGCCCCCUCCAGCAGCAGACAGUAGUGGUGGAAGCACUCGUCGGAAACUCAGGACGCCCGUGCGACACACACUCGGUUCUCCUUCCAGCCCCUCGACUCAAAGUACGGCCCAUCUGAACGGACACAGUGCUCACAUGACCUUAGGCGUGGGAAGAAGGGGGCGAAGGUCCAGAAUGGACUCACCGGUGAGUCCUCCAGAAGUUCCGACUCCAGCCAGCCCCUCAAGACCCCGAGGUCGACCGCCUGGCAAGAAGAAAGGCAAAAAGAGCAAGCAGGAACAGGACGAGUUGAGAAAGAGUGGGAGUCGCCGGAGCCCCACUCCGGAUGACGAGCUGGACCACUCCACAGGGGACGAAGGCGGCAUGUCGUCUGCCCCGGAAACACCUAGGCGACGAGGCCGACCGCGGAUAGUAAAAACGAAGGAAUCGACUUCUCCAGCCGAGUCGCCUGAGCCCUCGCCGCUGAGAAGGAGCAGCAGGAGAACCAUUGAGGAGGCCACGCCUCAUCCCCAGACUUCCUCCGAGCGAUCGGGUCGGAAAGAGUCUCCAAAGGGCGAGGCUGGAGAGGGGACGAUAGGGUCGAUGCGCACACGUAACCAAGGAAGGCGGUCUGCCUGGUACAUGGAAGAGGACUCGGAGGAGGAACAGAGGCAGUUGCUGUUUGAGGACUCGUCGAUCACCUUUGGGACGUCCUCAAAGGGGCGCGUCCGCAAACUGACAGAAAAGGCCAAAGCCAAUCUCAUAGGCUGGUAAAGAACAUUUGCACACGCUCGAGUGCUCAGAGGGCCGAGAGAUCCCGGCGGGAUUUUCGGAUCGGAUGCUUUAGACCAAACGGAGGCUCAGUUGGCUGACGCUACGGAGAGCAAACUGUGCCGUUACCUGUUACCCUUCUCGUCAUUGACCCCACCUUCCUCUCUGCCCACUAAGCACUUUAGCACUGCAUGUUCAUAUGCUCCCACACCUCCUAUUCUAUUGAUCCAUGUUGGAUCCCACAGGAGCACACAGAAUCUCUCCCUGUGAAGACGGUGUUUCUCACUUUGUCCGAUGAACCUCUCCUCUGCCGGACCUUAAACACAUUUCAGAGUCAGAUUGGGAUGAAAAGUGAAUCGGUCUGACCUAUGCCAACAACUGGCCUAAGACCACAUAUUCUCCCCCUAACUUCAUCCUUUCUGUUUUUUAUAUAGCCUUUUCAUUGCUCUUUCUAAAAUUUCAUAUGAACGUCCCUCUGAUUUGGAAGUCUUACACAUUGGCUGAGCUGAGCGUGUCUGUUUGUGCUAAAAUACCAAAUGGCGUACCUUUGUCGGUACUGUACAUCUGUACAUUUUGUGUACUGUUAAUGUGUUUUCGUUCUUUUCUGCAUGUUAAUUAGAGAGAGGAACAGUCUUCUUCCUGAAAGCUGGUUUUACUGUGAGGCGGAAAAAUAUGAUGCAUGAGUGAAAGGGGUCAUUGAUGCGCUUGUAUAUCAUUUCUGAAUGCGUCCUCUGCAUUAGCAAUACCUUGUGCCUUUUACACGUAAGGUGUGUGGGUGUGCAUGUGCGCUAUGUCUCUACAUGUGCCUGUUUGUCUACAAACUUGCAUUUUGCAAGUACAGUUCCGGUCGCACGUUUGCAUCCAGUCAUCAUUGGCGUUAAUGUCAUCUUAAUUUGAGGCACCUUAUGUUGUAGGUGAACUAAGAUGCAGCUUGAAUUAAUUUUAAAAACAAGAAUUUGGGGCAAUUUUAGUUGUUUUUUUUUAUGGGUUUUUUUCUAAUCCACACAGGUUUAAAGUCAUACUUACAGGUUCAAAUAUUUACAUACAUCCUAAUUAACGGUUGGGAGAAGUUUCUGGCAUAAUUUUAGCGGAUCGUUUGGCCAGACUUUUUCAUAGAAUUUGUAGUUUGGUUUCCUCCCAUGAAACUUUGAUAGGGUAUUCGUCGGGGACAGUACAGAAUAUUAAUUUUAGCGUGAUUUAUCAACUAAAAAACUAUUCCUGAUGUGUCUGGGAUCAUUGCUCCAUUGGAACCUUCAACACGGCUCAAGGUUCACUCGUCUUACCCAAACUGUGAUUGAUUAAAAAGAAACAUUUUAAACUUGAGAACUCUGUUCCAACCGUUAAGUUCGGUCGCAGCAGUGUUAUAUUGAGGUUCUGUUUCGCUGCCGGUCGUACUUAUAGUGAACACUUCAACUUAACCUGAAAUUAACAGCUACUGCUAAGCUCUAAAAUAUUCAUACGCCUGACAGGUUUAGAUGUAAAAUCAUCACAUGUAACCAAGAAGGGUUAGUUGUUUCCAACAGGAAAUGAGACGGCCGUCUCUCAAAAGAUAGAAUAAUCUUUAGCCUUACUGUACAGUUGGUUUCUUAGCAACUGAAAAAAGGGAAUUUCACUAAAUAUAAGUGGAGCUGAACGAUACAUAUUUAACCCUAAACGUGUAAUUUUCAAAAUCUACAAUAGAUUUCAACUUGUGCACCAGCUCUUGUGUUUAGUUGUAGAAAUAGUUCAACACCUCGUCAUUCAUGCCGAUCGUGAGUGGAUGUAAACAUCUGACCGGCAACGCUGUGUCUGUGCGUGUGUGUGUGUGUGUGCGUGUGUGUUGGUUUUGAACACAACCGAGUGGAGGCUUUACCUGGAGCUUACAAACAGUGGCAUACAGUUCGAUGGUUGCGGAACUGCUCAAAGAAAUGACUUCAGAGCUGCUGAGAAGAAUUAACCCGUCGAUGUAACCGACCCUACGGUACAGAGACUGGUCACUAGCUCUGAGAUGCAUCUACCACGUUCCUAAAACAAGUUUGAAAGAAUGUUGAGAUGCUUCUAUGGUGACAGCAUUCACUUUUCACAUGCAAAUCUGUCUCGUAGGUUCUUGCAACUUUCUUGUAGUUUGGAAAGCAAAACAGCGGGGAGUGGAGGGAAACCGGAUCGAACUGCAUUUUUCUGGAAAAACAGCUUCACGUUUCGGAUGGUGUGCCUUUGCUAUUCUGGCAUAUUGAGUCCUCUGUUGUUUUUUUUCCUUCCUUAUGGGGCCUUGUUUUAUCAUUUUACAUUUGGACUUCUUGUUUCUGCUCAUUUCUGUGUUCUGAGAACUGGACUUUGAGUUUAUGGGGGGGGGGAAACCACUGUAACUUUGGACUCUCUUUUUGCCACACGUAAUGGGUACCGAGUUUAUAAAGAUGCAUCCGUUCCCGGUAUUUUGUUUCUCCUCCAGCACAGAACGCCAAAAUCUGCGAGUUUCAUCACGUGUUGUGGGACCGACUGGAUGCUAGCGUCAACACACACCUGGUUCAUCUCAUAGCUCACGUAUUACUGAACAUAUAUCCCGUUUGUCAUUGUUUGUUAAAAAAAAAAAAAAAUAGGUUUGUCAAUGCCAAAUUCUGUCUGUGGGCACUGAAGUUUUAGAACAUGGCUUUUGAAUGUGUUUUCUAACUAACUUUUAUUGUCUUCACUGUGGAUGUUCAUUUAUAUAUGAUGUGUGUUACGUGUCUUCGGUCUGUCUCCCUGCCAUACAAGAGGAUAAAUCAAUGGAUCGAUCCAUGGAGAUAGAAUGAUGCUUUAUGCUCUGCCACACAUUUGAGGAUUUUGUUGUUUUUCUUCUUAUUUGUUUUUAUAAUGUCUGUAUAAAAGUUUAUUUUAAAUCUGAAAGGGCCAAAAACUAGCGACUGUCUUUCUCAACAGGGUGAGACAAAAUCUGUUUUCCGAUUGAGGUUUAAAUCUUUACCCCAUGAAAGUAUUUAUUUUGAGUGCAGGAUUUAGUUGGCUUUAAGUGUUUAUUCAUGGCUUUAAAAAAUUAAAAAUAACAUCACUUUAUAACUACUUUAUGCGCACAUAAAGUUUUAAUAUUAUUUUCAAUUCAAAUGUAUAGUAGUCCAGUAGAUAGACUUAUAAAAAUCUGUUGCUACCACUGGGAAAGAUUUGUAAAAACCUUAGAAAUAAAUACAUCUAUUAUUGCAGUUGUAUAAUCUCACACAUUUAGCUGCUAGUUUUCUGUCGGAUUUAAUCCUAUGGGCUGAAAUGUUCAAUGAAUUAAUGAUUCUAUGCUUUGUGAAUCACUUCAGUGUUGAGCUGGCAAAAAUAUUGCCAGCUCAAACAUGGCUCCUUUUUUCUUUAAGUUUACUGGGACACGCCUUCAGAUUUUUAUUUCAAAUGUCCUGGUUUUGCACAAGAAUAAGGCCCACAGCAUAACAGCCCCUCCUGUAGUUCCCACACACUCAUCCUUUGGUUCAAACCCAAUUGUAGUAUAAUAGCAAGUUUUAAAUCUUUAUGUUUGUGAUGGUUGGACAAACUUUUUUUUUCCUGGUUCACUCUUGGUUGCCAUUAUCAGAUGUAGGGAACAAAUAAUAUACCAUCACUGGUUUUCUUAAUAAUCACUUCUAUAGGGAUUGUUUUCCUACUAAUUGAAUGUAGAUUUUAAAUUGUUUUGUGUGAGAUUAUAUACCUGCAAUAAAAGCUUAUUUUAGGCGUUUCAUCCAUCUUUACCUGGGGUACCAAUAAAUCUCUGUCUGAAUGCACAGAUGAACUAAUCUACUGACCCGGGAUUCUUUACUUUGAGAUGAGGGGCUUACGUUCACACCAGUCCCCUUAAAAUAUGUCUGUCGUUUUAAAUCCCUGGUUCGGCAGUUCAGAGCUGCACUUGUGCGUUUGUGUUUUCAUGAGAACAUGGAUUUAUUCAGUGUGAGCCUCUGUAGAUGUGUGGCAGAGUCAUGCUGCUUGUGGCGCCUGCCUGAAGCAUCAGUCUGUGUGAGUGUGUGAGUGAAGUGGGUGCACGCGAGCCACCAGGAAGUGUUUUGAGAUGUUUAAAAAAGUUUUUAGGUUUUGUGCAGCUGUCGGAGAUAAAAGUGAGAAGAGGGAUGGGGAGGGGAGGGGGGUCUUUUAUGUGAAAUUAUUGAUGAAGCUGUCUUUGUUAGUUUGGAUACUUUUUAUAUUUAAAGGAAGUGAUGCAAAAAAAGAAAUAAAUAAAUGGCAUAAAGCUAGAAUGUAUGUGUAGGGGAGUACUACUGUCCUGUUAGUUCAUACCAAUAUUUUAAGUAAAUAAACAGUUGUGUUUCCAUA